GCGUUGGCUGCUGCAGCGGCUGUCGUGCUCCUCCCGGCUAUCUUCCCCGCGCUGUUCUCCCCGCUCGGCCGCGCCUUCCCUUCCCUAUUCUCAGUGCGUCACCCUCCUCCUUCUCUGGCGGUUCGAUUUGAGCCGGUGUAGCGUGAUAUUGGCGAUCUACUUGGCUUUUCAAGCUACUUGUUACGAUUCUCGUUUCUACUUUUCUACUCUGCGGAGCUCGAUUGUUUGGGAUGCGCGGAAGUUGGAUAUAUUCUAUAGGUGCGGCUGGGGAGGAUUAUGUGUGGAUGGUGAAAUGGCGUGGUGUGGUGAAUUCAUGAUUUUCUUUAAAUCUUGUUCUACGAAUUAAAUUAGUUGAGUUAGUGUAUGUUCUAUUGUAUUGAUGCGUAGUUGCCUGGAAGAAGUACGUGUGCAAAGCUAUGUAAAGAUCUGGAUUCUGUUAGUGGAUAACAUCAUGCCAGUGUAUGUGCAUCUGAUAUUUUGUUUUGGAAAGUGGUCUACAAUAUUCCGUUCCUCGAUUUAUAUGCAAUAUGCAGAAAUGUAAGACUCUAUCUGGCCUCUUUGACAGUAUUGGGUAUAACAUAGGUACUGGAUUAAUGUGGCCUUUGGUUAUGUAGAUUGCAGCUCAAGUAGAUUUUAGUACUAAAGAUUUCUGCAAAUUAUAUUUUUAAGGUUAAUAUAAUGUGGAAAAUAUCAAUCUACUGCAGGAGUGGAAUGCCCCUAAGCCAAUGCACGAGUCUCUUUUGAAUCAGGCUUUGCAAUGGACAAUCAUGAACAAAAGAGAGAUCUGUGGACACCCUUGCCUUAUCAGGGGUGGAAACCAUGCUUAAAGUCACCGGGCGCUCAUGAUUUACCUUUUGGAUACAUCCAAGUAUUUCUUGAUGGUGGACUGAACCAGCAAAGAAUGGGGAUAUGUGAUGCAGUUGCGGUUGCUAAGAUUUUGAAUGCUACUCUUGUGAUCCCACAUCUUGAAGUAAACCCUGUUUGGAAAGACUCAAGCUCAUUCGAAGAUAUUUUUAAUGUGGAUCACUUCAUCAGCACCCUAAGACGUGAGGUUUCAAUAGUGAAAUAUCUGCCAAAAGAAUUUUCAUGGAGCACAAGAGAGUUCUAUGGCACAGGAAUCCGUGCCACAAGAAUAAAAACUGCACCUCUUCAUGCCUCAGCUAGUUGGUAUAUAGAGAAUGUCGGUCCAAUUCUGCGAAGCUACGGUAUUGCUGCCAUUGCCCCAUUUUCUCACCGCCUUGCAUUUGAUGAUUUGCCUGCGGAUAUUCAACGUCUGCGUUGUAAAGUUAACUUUGAAGCGCUGGUUUUUCUGCCUGACAUUAUCUCACUGGGGAGGACUCUUGAGAAACGUUUGCGAUCUCCAGUCCAGGGGCAUUCUACUGAAUUAGCCCAACAAGGUGUAGAACAAAACACGAACCAGGCUGGAAAAUAUGCUGUUUUACAUCUCCGCUUCGAUAAGGAUAUGGCUGCACAUUCUGCCUGUGACUUUGGCGGUGGUAGAGCUGAAAAGUUAGCUCUGGCUAAGUACAGGCAAGUUAUCUGGCAAGGGAGGGUAUUGAAUUCACAGCUAACUGAUGAGGAGCUUCGAAACACAGGCCGCUGCCCAUUGACUCCAGAAGAGAUUGGACUGAUACUAGUGGCGCUUGGCUUUGACAACAGCACUCGACUUUAUCUUGCUUCUCACAAGGUGUAUGGUGGUGAAGCUAGAAUCUCUAGCUUGCGCAAACUUUUCCCACUGAUGGAAGACAAGAGGAGCCUUGCGUCUGAAGAUGAACUUGCCAAGGUUGAAGGGAAGGCUUCUGUGCUAGCAGCUCUUGACUACUAUAUCAGCAUGCACAGUGACGUUUUCAUCUCAGCAUCUCCUGGCAAUAUGCAUAAUGCACUGCUGGCUCACCGGGCCUAUAGGAAUUUGAAGACGAUAAGGCCAAACAUGGCAUUGCUUGGACACGUCUUUGUGAACAAGAGCAUGGAAUGGUCAGGGUUUCAGCAGGCUGUACAGGCAGGCCACAAGGGUAGAUAUGGGCAAAUCCGGCUGAGGAAGCCAACGCAGUCUAUCUAUACUUACCCUGCCCCAGAUUGUAUGUGCCAAGGGUAGGUCGUGUAGUUCUCUGCAGUCCACCAGCAAAAGAAUUCUGCUGGACCAACAGCUGAUGUCACGGUGUAGUUCAAAUUGCUUUCAAUUGCUAAGUAGGAAAAGCUGAUGCGAGUACAAAUGCUAGUUCUGAAGUUCUGUUUGAGUCAGUCGGCUCAUCCAUUAACACAUUGUUGAAAGAGUGUAAUUGUGUCCUGUCAACUCGUGUUCCAUAUCACGAAGUUGUAGUUUUGCGACUGAUGUUGUAUAUCUGUGAUUCGAUAUACUGUAAGCCUUUUUCUCCUUUUGCAACCUCCGCAGAUGUAAGUACCAGGGAUUCUUUGCUUGUGAACUGUGACAAGUGAUAACACAUUGCAUUUCCGCUGUUCUACAUCAACUUUGGUUUACUGGUAUCCAGUUUUAUGCAGUUCUACACUUGUACUUCGGUAAUCAGUAUAUUAUUCCA